AUGUCUACUUCAAAUAUUGCAACACACGUUUCUACUAAACAAUGCUCGUGCUAUAACAAAGUCAAACCAACUAAUGAAUUUAUAAGUCAAAGAGGAACUAAAAUACAAGAAUUUAGUAGAUGCAAUCCCUGCACAGAACAUGAAAGACAAAAUACCCCAUCCCUUUCUUUGAGUCAUGAAAAUAAACUAUUUCUUUCUUUGAGUCAUGAAAAUACACUAUCUCUUAUCUUGAAUCACGAAAAUACAUCAUCUUUUCUCUUAAGUCAAGAAGAUAUAUCAUCUUUUCCUUUAAGUCAUGAAGAUACACUAUUUCUCACUUUGAAUUAUAAAGAUAUACUAUUUCUCUUCUUAAGUCAUAAAAACAUGCUACCCAUUUCAUCGAAUAGAAUAAUGUCUUCUAAUUCUGAUAGUAUUAAAAGCAAUAAGAACGAGAAUAAGAUUAUUUAUAAUAUAUGUGACCUCGAAGAGUUUGUAGCUAUUAAAUUUAAAGAUCAUAUUGAGUUUACUAUAAUAGUAAAAAUUGAAGAUGAAUUAGUUAAUGAAGAAAAUUUAAGCUUAGAACUUAAUCA